AGCAAGAUGGAGGGGAGCAGCUGAGGGCACCGGGCAGCAGGUGUGUGUGGGGGCUGGGGCAGCAGUGCCCGCUCUGCCCUUUCUGGGGGAGCUCGGGGGCAGCAUGGCGCAGCCGGACCUACAGACUGGAUGAGCAGCCGAGCCCCCCGAUGAACCUAAAGCCCCCUUCCCCGUCCAGCCGAUCCCAGCACCAAAGCCGUCAGCGCUAGGCCACGAUGAGCUGGCUCAGCAAGCUGAACCCCCGCGGGGCGGCCACUAAGUCUGGGCGCAAUGCCAACCCCCAGCCCCCCGUCACCGCGGACCCCGAAACCUGCCUCAUGGUCUUCAAGAACCACUGGUCCCAGGUUCUUCGGAUCUUGGAACGUCACGGAUCCUCGUCUGACGCGGUGACCCCCGACGACCUGAGCUGCGUGCGCAAUAACACCUAUCAGAUGGUGAGCCUCCUGGCCGAGGAGCAGCCCCGGGAUGGGGAGGGCCCGGGGCCCAUUCUGGGGUACAUGGCAUCCGAGGGCAUCCUGGAGAGAAUACUUCGGUGGCAUUUACAGCGGGACUUCACGGAAGAUAAGAAGGUGGAGCAGCUGAAGCUCUAUGAGAUGCUGAUCAGCCAAUCCCGGCAGCCCCUGCUCCGGUACCAGCCGGUGCUGCGGCCGCUCGUCACCCUCCUGGGCACGUUCUCCCCCGGGCCGGCGGCCCCCGUGCUGGAGAAUAACCUGGUGCUGCUGCUGAACCAGCUGUGCGUGACGCUGGCGCGGGAGCCCUCCACGCUGGAGCUCUUCUUCCUGGAGCCGGUGGGCCGAGACGGGGCCGCCAACCUCCUCAUCUUCUCGCUUCUGGUGCCCUUCAUUCACCACGAGGGGGUAAUCGGGCAGCAGGCCCGCGACGCUCUGCUCCUCAUCAUGGCGAUGUCUUCGAGCAACCCGACCAUGGCCAAGUACAUCACCGAGAACUCCUUCUUCUGCCCGAUCCUGGCGACGGGGCUGAGCGCUCUGUACUCCUCACUGCCACGGAAGAUCGAGGUGCGCGGGGAUGACUGGCACUUCCUGCGCAGGGACGACUGGGCCGGCGUCUCCUCCAUCGUUCUCUUCAUGAACUCCUUGGAGUUCUGUAACGCCGUCACGCAGGUGGCACAUCCGGUGGUUCAGCACCAGCUGGUGGAGUAUAUCCACAACGGCUUCCUGGUGCCGGUGAUGGGGCCGGCGCUGCACAAAACGUCCAUCGAGGAGAUGAUCGCCAGCACGGCGUAUCUGGAGCUCUUCAUACGAAGCGUCAGCGAGAGGACGUUGCUGAAAACAUUCCUGCGCUUUAUCCUGCUGCAUCGCCAUGACAACUGCACCAUCCUGCACACCCUGAUCAGCCGCAUCGCCAGCAACUCGCGGCUCUGCAUGGUUUCGCUCACUCUCUUCCGGACUCUGCUGAACCUGAACUGUGAAGAUGUCGUCCUGCAGCUGGUGCUCAGGUACCUGAUUCCCUGUAACCACGUUAUGUUGAGUCAGAGGAGGGCCGUCAGAGAUCUGGACUUCUACUCAAAGACGGCCGACAAGUUCCUGUCCCUCGUCCCCCGCUGCUGUCGGAAGGAGGUCCUGCAGCCCCCGGAGAAGGACGAGGAGCACGCUACCUGGUCCAAAGGUCACGGGAGUCCCAGCAUCGACACUUCAUCUGUCAACACCGUGCCGAGGCCGUCCACGCCGUCGCGCAUGGGCUUCUUCAUGCGCCAGCCCGGCAGCACUCCGGAGGGUCCGUCCCCGCGAUCCCCCAGCUUCUCCCCCCACGACCCGUCUGCCGGCAGCCCCCGCCACGGCGGCAUCUGCUGGGACGAGGUGUCGGAGCUGGACGCCAACUACCUCGAGUACCUUCAGGAAGCCCGCGUGGGCAUCGACCGCUGCGCCGCGGCCUGUCGGGUCUGGUCUGCCCCGUACGACGGCGAGGAGCCGAGCCCCCGCAGCCUGUCGCCGCCCACUCCCGACGAGGUGCCGCUGUCCGCAGACUAUUUCUCCCCUCACCCGUUCACCCGGGACGUGCGUCGCCAUAAUGUCACCCCCCGCACCAAGAAACGCAGCCUGCAAGAGGAGGGGGAGGAGAAGCAGCCGAACGGAGGGCAGGCGGGGGUGGGAGAGGGAGGGCGUUCAGAAGCUGGCGCUGCGGGGGGCGCCCCUCUUCUCUUUAAUGGGGCCCCGGCCGAUGAGCAACCGUACCCCGCCGGCACUCAGAGGGCGGCCGCCCAGACGGGGCGGUCAGAGGAGGACGUCGAGGUGAAAAAAGUCAAGAGGGAGCCACCGCGGGCAGCGGAGGCCGAGGGGUCCCCGGGAGCAGAGAACGGGGGGCCGUGGGGGCCGCGGCGCGCAGACAGCCCGGAGACCGUGGACAGUCUCAUAGACGAGCUCCUGGACCGAGCCCCGGCCGAGAUCAACGGCUCCCACGUGAGCAUCGAGAAGCUGGGGGAAGAGCUGAAGGAGAUGGAGAGCAGCAUGAGAGCCGCCAUGACGCCCAGCGAGCCCCCCGCCGAGGGCCACGCGGACAGCCUGCCCGAGGAAGACGACGAUGGAGAGAUGGGGCCCCCGGAGACCACGAAGAGCAGAGCGGACUCGCUGACCCUGGCACUGAGCAGCCCCCUGCGGGCACCGAGCGCCAGCCAACCGUUCACAGGUCCGUUCAUCGCCGUUCUCUUCGCCAAGCUGGAGACCAUGUUACAGAACUCGCUGUACGUCAACUUCCUGCUCACCGGCAUCAUCACCCAGCUGGCCUAUCACCCUCAGCCGCUGCUCCGCUCCUUCCUGCUCAACACCAACAUGGUGUUCCAGCCGAGCGUCAAGUCCCUCGUGCAGGUGCUCGGCUCGGUGAAGAAUAAGAUCGAAGCGUUUGCCGCGUCGCGCGAUGAUUUCCCUUCCCUGCUCUUCAAGGCCAAGAAGUUCCUGAUCGCCCGCGGGAAGCUGGACUGGAGCGACACCCAGAACUCCGUUCCUGCCCUGCGCCGCUCCGACACCCUGGUAAAGAGCCGCAAGCCAUCCAUCGGGGAGCUGAUUCUGCGGCACACCAACAGCCCGACGCGGGCGCGGCAGGCGGCACAGAUGGCGUUCCAGCACAUGCGCGACGGCCAGGUCCUCCACGCGCUGACGGGAACGUCGCUGUUCAGGAGCUCGGCGGAGAAGCAGAACGAGGCGCUGCGGGUGAAGAACGCCGUCUACUGCGCCGUCAUCUUCACCGAGUUCAUCAAGGAGCUGGCGGCCAUCACGCAGGAGCACGCGCUCACCUCCCCGUACCUGCUGGGGGCCGCCGAGGAGUGAGGGCUCCGCGGGGCCC